UGAGGAUAAAUCACUCACGUGCACUGAUAUAUUCAAGGGCGAAACGCCACAGGCGGAGCUGAGAUCCGCUGGGAAAAACGAGAGACGACCUAAAAACAGGAAAUUCAAGACGGCAGACAACCAAAAAGAGGUGGAAGGAGACUCUGCAGCCAUUCCAGCCUUGUCUCAGUACAGGGCCUUAAAAUCUGAGCUUCUAUUGCUGCAAAAACCCUGGACUUCCUACGUCGAAACUAAGACACAGCAGUCUCACCAGUGCGUCUGAGCCAAAGAAAGCACUGCCCGGUCCACCUCAAAGUAACCUGCAAUGUACUGAACCCACCUGCCACUCAUUUGCCAUGGACAAUCUCGAGCGUGUGUGUUCCUGCUCCGAGAGAUGCAACAAAGAGGAGUUUGUCCAGUUGCUGCAGAACUGCCGCCACAAUUUGACAUCUCUACAGGACAGGAUGUCAAAAUGCUCCGCCACACAGGCUUUGAGACAAGAAAUAACAAACAUAGACAAAGGCCUUGUGCAACUUGCCAAGGACACAAUCUGUGCCAGUUGCACAUGGGAAGGGCCGCACCAGCAAGUCAGUCCACUCCAAGGCCACAAGAUGGCGCCAGAUCCUAGCGGACAGUUUAAACAACUCUGCUGUACAAUCAAGGACUGUGAUGCAAGCUUGAAAAUGUUGUCCUCAAAAGCUUCAGACCUGCAGAAAGCUGCAGAGUCCAGCACACAAAAGGUGCUUUCAGCAGAUGUCACCCUGGCUAUCCAAGCAAUCAACAAAGACCUUCACAGGCUGAGGUCCAUUUUUCAGCAAAAUAAUCGUGUUGACAACAUGACGGAUGCAGUGAAAAAGGUCAGGAGCCAAACAGUUCAACCAAAACCAUCCUCAGCACACCAGGAGCAAGAAGUGCUGGGCUUUGGACCUGUAGUGGAACAUCCAGACACAGUGAAGAUGAUAACCGAUACAGAGACACUUGGUAAGGAUGUCAAAGGAACCCCAAAGACGGUGUUCACAGCUUUGGUCGACAGAGAGCAUACUGAAGAAGAAGAUGCGGAUGUAGCAGAGAGUCAACAUAUGAGCAUAAUCCCGCAGAGAAAACAUGAAUCCGACCAACUCACUGAUUCUGAAUCAAGCCUGUCUGCAGAAACCUCCUCAGGCUUUUUAAACACUGAAAUGUGUCCGUCCAAAAUCACACUACCAGAACACCCGGAAACCUGUAAAAAGACACACGCUGCACCCUCUGGGUCACGUUACCUCCUCACAGACACAUUUCCGGACGCCAAACAAGCAGACAUUACAGAUAAAAGUCACCCUGAGGAGCAAACGCGCCAAAAUAGGCAUUUGAUUCCAAAGAGAUGGACUGAUUACACGAUGGCUGACAUUAGGGACUUACUGUCAUCAUCGGAGGACACUGAGGCGAAGCAAGUGGGAGAAGACAUGGAACCUGAGAGGUCAGCCCAGCAAGAGAGGACAUGUGACUCACCCGGACAGACGUCGUAUAAACACACAUCUACCAUGCGGGACGUUUUGUCUCAGAUCCAGGGCAUGGUAGAAAGAAGCAACAUUUUAAAUAGGACAAUACACAUGGAUUUAAAUUGGUGCCUUCAGUCGUCACCCAGUGAAGCCGAGAUCAGAUUGGUCAGGACAGUCCAAAAGGUUCUACUAUGCCGAUAUCAUCCAGCACAGUUGGAUAUCUCCGCCAUGGCCAAACAACUGGAGGAGGCAGAGGACUACCAGCGUUGCGUGCUGCACCAAGUUGCCGCCAUCAAAAGUGCAAGUUUAUCUCAACUUUGUGGUCCAAAUGUCCUGAAAAGACUGGAAGCCCAAUGGAGUACGGCGCUUCUGGACGCCUCUGCCACAGUGCAGGUCAAAGCAGCCCAGCUGGAUCGGGUCAAACAGUAUCACACACAGCUGAAGAAAAUCAAAGCUUUCCUGAAGGUUGUAGCGGCCCAGAAGAACAAAAUGAGCUUACAUUCAUUGGGAAGCAGCGUGCUACAGGCUGAAAAACUCAACUCCCUGCUGCAGUCUUUAGAGCGUUGCCAAGAAAUGUGGCAAGAGCUUCUUUCAUUGAGCAGCCACUUAGCUGUCCACUUGAGUGACGCGGAAAGUUCCGGUGCACUUCUUGCUCAGCUUGGAGAUGUCCAGGAUGAUUGGAGGCUUUUGAAAGGAAGUAUCAAGAGAGCCUUUUGGCACGCCACUAACUCUUCAUCACAGUCCUCCCGUCUUAUGACGGAGGCGAAACAGCUAAAGGACAAAAUCGAAGCUAUCCAAGAAACGCUCCUGUCUCAUGACACCAAAAGCACUUUUGAACUGCUUUGUCUGAGCACAAACCUAAAAAUGUGCGCCCAGCUGCAUGUUCAUCUGCAGUCCAUGUCAGACGCGCUUUUUCAGUUCUCUGUGGGACAGAAAGAGAAGUACGGCAUCAAACAUUACCUGGAACAAUUGGGGACCUUACUGGAAGACACCAAAACCUCCAUUUGUGGUCCUGAUGGUGUUUUUGCAGCUGAGAAACAGUUCCAAGAGUGGAUCACAUGGGCAAAGCAAAUGGAAUUCCACAUUUUGAUUGGCAACAAGUUGUCACUUUUCCCACAAGAAGCUUGUAUUCAGAUUGCUGAAAUGAAGGGAUAUCGGACUAAUUUAGUGACCAGAAGGUCCGAAAUGAAAAUUGGGGAAUCUUCUGACAUGGACAAUGAGGGCCACAUGUUAAAUGCAGUAGAAGACUUGUAUGAAACCAUCAUUGAAAGCUUGGAUCGUGUUCUCCAAACAAUGAAGACAAAUCUACAGGAAAGGGAGAAACUAUUAUCCCAGUUUGAUAGCAUUGAUUCAUGGCUAGUAGAAACAGGUGCUAAUAGAGAACCCUGUGCUCAUGUUGACAACGUCUUGAGAGUUGACGUCAGCUCUCUGGAGGACAAGUUGGAAAGUCACCAAUUAGCUGUUGCUGAUAUCAAAAAACGUCUUAACAUGGUCAAGGCUUUGGAGAAAAGAUGUAAGGACGUAGCAGAGAGCCUAAGCCCUGGAGAGAGCCGCUACCUUGUCAACAGGCUCUCUGGCAUCUGGACUGAAUUAGAUGGAUUGUUGGCACAACAGACAGCAACCAGCUGGCAUUUGGAGGAGCUGAUUCAUGAGCGUACAUCUUCUGAUGAGGAACUAGUGACCGUUGAAGAUAGUCUGAAGAACAUAACCUCUUGUUUGGACAAGCAAAGGUUCCCUAUGACACAGGAUACACUCUCAACAAUUACACUCCUGAAGCACAUGCUCAUAGAGCACCAGUGUCAAGUGCAGGAAAUUCAACACUGCAAGGAGGUGCAGCGUAGCUCUUUGCUGUGCACCAUUGGAGAAUUGCAAGACAGGUGCAAAGUCAUCAGCGUUCACGUCUUUGAGCAAGACAAGUAUCUGCACCUGAAGCAACAAAUGGAGGAUUCAAGGGACAUUGGAAAAGAGCAAAUCCAGCAGGCUAAAAAGAAGACGUUAAGUUUGGGUGAGAGGUUUCGAGUGUGCCAGGUGCUCUUAGUCGAGCUCCCAAUGAUGAAGACACAGUGUCAAGAAGCAGCAGACCAACUGGAGGUGAUAGCUCAAGAGCUCGACCCAACAAAGCUGAACUCAGAAAGGCAGGGCAUUCGGCGCACUGUGGAGAUGUUGGUCUCUUGGGAGAACGCUGCGUCAGAUGAGAUAAAACAUCUGGAAUGCCAGCUUCUUCUGGGUCUGCGAUUUUCUUCUGAGCUUCCUGCUUUAAUGGACUUUUUCCAAAAAACGACAAAGGAGCUGCAAGGCAGCGAAUCGGUCCGUCCAGAUGAAAAGGCCAUCGAUGUUGCGCUACUCAGGCGUUGGGUCAUCUGGAGAAACAUGGAGUCUGGGAUGCGAGUGUUGCAUGUUUUGGCCUGGAAAGGGAACAUGAACCUAAAAAGUCACGGCGAGUUGCUGUUACUCCGAGAUGCUGCCAUGCAGGAAUGUCAUGAUCAGAUGGAAAGUUUGUCAAAGGCACGAGAGUCCUUAAAGGACUACCAAUGGGCGGCUCAGGGAGCGAUUCGCUUCCUUCACAAUGCUGAAAUGACAUUUUUAUCAGCUCCCGGUGGGUUUCUGGACUGUACCGAGGAGCGACAUCAGACUCAGCAGGCCAUUGAAGCCCUCGAAGAUGGAUUUCAAGCCCAUAUCCAGCACCUUGUUGAACUGGUGCCCCAACAACCCUGCCUUUCUCGUGCCAAGUCUGAAGAUCUGCACAUCAGCAUCGUCAGCCAGCUGCUGGUGGGACGAGCCAUUCUGGAGGCUCAGGCUCAGCUCAGACUGGAAUCCUUGCAGAGAUGCGAACUUCGACAACAAAGCCACAGGGUUGGUCAUGUAGACAUACAACAACAUCUGACUGGAUUUGAAGCAAAGCUUUACGAAUGUGCUUCAGAAGAAGUGACCUCAUAUGAUAAAUGUGCUGCACAACACAAAAGAGUUAAGGGUUUGAUGGAAGGUGUUCGCGACCUCGCCGGGAGAAUAGAAGAACUCCGAGUCAGAUGUCCCAUACGGGGUUGUGGGGUUGGAAAAGAUGGUGAGCUCGGUGCCCUCUGGAGGCGCUGGGGGUCGCUGCGGCAUGGUGUUGGUCUCCUCAUGGCACAAACGGAUCAGAGAGUAGAGGAAUGGAAAGACAUCACAACGAGUGUGGAGCAGUGUUGCAGCUCCCUGUCUACCCUCCAGGCCAAGGUGCCGGACUCCUCCACUGGUAUCUUCACCCAAGAUGAAGUCCGGAAGCUUCUGGCCCAGGCUGAGCAGCAGCAGGUUGGUCUGGAACAAGAGCGUCAGGCUUUGGCCUCCCUGGAGCACAGGCUGGAACACGCCUUGAGCUUAACCACCUCUAAAGAGGCCAGCAGCCUACCUGGUCCCUUUGGCGAAACACUUGUGAAGAUUCAAGAAAAUAUUACACGUUUGAAGGAAAGAAACCUCCAUGUGAUAGCUGUUGCCCAGAUGGAAGAGAAGGAGCGACAACAGGUUGAGGAGAAGAUAGGAGAGGUGGAGAAGAACAUAUUCACCAUCCUCUCCAUGCUGGACACCAACAUCAGUUCACAACAACACCAGGAGCUCAGAGAAGAUAUGUCCGCCCAGAAGACCAAGCUGAAGUGCAUUGUGGAGAAUGUGCGGCGACAGUAUACGGACAUUCCUUCUGAUAUUGGCGACCGAAUACAAACUGUUGAAGAGUCUGUGCAGGCAGCUGAGAAGAAGAUAUUGGAGCAGAACGUCGCAGUUCGAAAACUGGCUAGUCAAGUGGGAGAGUUGACUAGUGGCCUGGAGCAAGUGAAGACAUCACUGAAGCAAAUGAGUUCCACUGUCAAAGAGGCUCAAAAUAACCAAAAACAUGUGUGGAACAAGCUGGACUCAUGUCAUAGUCACUUGAUGCUGCUGGAGAGUGAGGUGCAGGAUCUUGUGGAACAGCAACCAGACCAAGCACACCUCUUCAUGGACCAACUGACGCAUCCUCAGCAGCUCUACCAAGACGCGGCACGGAUGGCUGAGCAGCGCACUGCUUUCCUCAACAAGAUUCCCACCUGUCUUCAAGAGUUCGAAGACCUUCUGUGCAGCGCCACACGUUGGUUAGGUGAGGCCCCAGCAUGGCUAAGUACUCCCUGCUUAGACUUGACAGCCAGAGGCCUCCAGAGUCACGCAAACUCCCUUCAGUUGGUGUUGGAUGAUUCCACAAGAAUCAGGAGCACUCUGAAAGACUACAGGCCAGUGUUGGCCGAGAUCUCCACUGUGUGUGACCUCAGUGCACAGGAGGAGCGUAUGGACAGCAUGGACCAACAGGUUGAAAAGAUGCAAAAUAACCUUCUGGAGAACCUAGAGAAACUCCUGCAAGAUGUCAGGGUAGUGGAAGCCUUGGAAGAUGAGCUGGAGACACUGGAGGAAAAUGUCUCCAAAAUUAGGACAAUUUUAUCCUCUAUGGACAACGCAAGCAUCACCUUGACAGAGCAUCUUAACAACCAGCAGGUGAUCCUAGACAACGUCCACUCUAUGCAGAAGACAUUACACGACAUGGAGAGCUACAAAGUGGAUUUACACCUCCCACAGGAGACAAAGGAGAGUUCGGUGCUGUUCACCAGGAUAGGAGUUCUCCAGCAGGUCCUGAAAGAGUUUGAGCAGCUCACCAAACAACAAGCCAUGCUAAUUCAGCACAACGUACGGGAAGAUCAAACAAGAGAAGAUCACAACAUUGCCCUCAGCUCCAAACCUUGUGCAGAAGUGUCACACGUGACUGGAUCUCUACGAGGAUACUUUGGACAGGAGGCUUUUGAGGAGUCAAAUUCAGAGGAAGACGAAGACGAAAGUUGUCACUCGUCGUCCUCUGACACACUAACAUGUAGUAUUCCAGAGGACCCAGACGACACGCUCUACGCUUCAGAGGUGCAAAGUGGCGACAUGGCUGAAAUGAACGCCCCAUCUAUCGUUAAGGAACUGGCCUAUGUAUCUGGAGGAUUUGGUUCCGAAGUAGAGACGGAAAGUGAUGAAAAGCCUGGGCUCGACUCCAAGAACGAGGAGCUGGAAAAUGCACAAAAUGGAUUAACAACGUCAGAAUCCAGAUUGGACACGGAAGCCACUUGUGAAAUACUGAGACCCAAAGCUGCAUCACUGGACACCACUGAAGACCAUUUCGCUGCACAUAACCAAUGCCCACCACCAACAUGUGACACAUUUCCCCAUGCCAAAGAUUCACAGUCUACAGUGCAGGACAUCAAGCCUGUUACUAUGCCUUCAGCCACAGUUACACAUCCAGCUCUGAAACCAAGUGAUUGUAAAGCGGAGGACAAUCAAAAAGCCAAGGCGCCUUCAGCCGUUUCUAUCAUAUUGGCCGAGACUAACACAGAUGACACGGAGGAACAAAAGUGGAGUCGUCUUCACAACCAAAUCUUUCAGAAACAGCAAACCCUGGAGAAAGUCAAAGAGGAGCACCAAACACCCACAGUUGAGAUGGUUCUAGAAGAGCUGCUGUCUAUUGGCUCCACUUCUGCUGUUCUCCAGCAUGCAAACGAGUCCAUCAACAUGCUGAGUAACAUAGUGACCUGUGCAGAUGACUCGUGCGUUAAAGAGCAGUUAUACGUGGCUUCCCGGAGAGUUCUUUUGUGUCUGGACGCUUUGACAGACCUUCUGUUGACCCCUAAAGGUACAGGGGAUGAAGAAGACACCCAGCUGAGGAUGUUACAACAUGAGUGUGUGUCAGUCGAGCUGCUGAAUCUAGCUGAAAUGCUGCGAGAUGUGGAGUCAAAAAGUAGUCGUGAAGAACCAGACAUUCUCAGAGGUAUAACGUCCCUUCAAAAAUGUCUACAAACUGGCCAGACGGUCCUCAUGUCUGUCAACCAUCAAUCCAUAGAACACAAAAGCCAACAUCAGGAGCUCUUCUCCCACCGGUUGGGUUUUAUGGAGGAUAUUCAACUGAAGCAUAGUGAGAAUUUCCCAAAUCUACUGGAAACUCCCUAUCUGGAGCAGUGUGUGCUGGGCAGACAUGUGAAAGAGGAUUCAGUAGAAAAUACAAUGAUACAGAAGGCGUCCCUCUCCUUACUUCGUGGACUACGUAGCCUUCUGGAUUUUGGUGAAGAAUGCCUUGCUGAGGAGCAGGCAAGACCUGCUCAAAACAUCAGCCAACUGCAAGUUAAUCUUCGCAGAAACAAGAAGUUGCAGCGAGUCCUUGGUGCUCAGCUGGCUCUUGUGCAACAUUUAUUCCAUCGUGAACUGGUAGCACUACGGGGUCAAGAGGAUGAGCGAGUGCAAGUGGAGGUUCGAGCCAAAGCUUUGCAGCAGCAGUUUCUACAACAGGAAGUGGCUUCUCAAUGGAGACUGCAGGAGUGGAUGCGCUGGGAGAAUAAUUGCGGUCAGCUUGGGAGGCUGCUUGACGAGCUCGAAGUCUCCGUCAGUAGUGCAGAAGCAGCAAAAGACGAUGAGGAGGAGUCCUUUGUACAACACAGACUGCAUGCUUGCCAGCAAACUCUGGUCCAGUUGGACGGGAGCAGAGGUGCUCUGGGACUGUUCCUGGAUCAGAGACGUGAGCUGCGAGCAGAUCUGUCGUUUGCGCCCUCAGUCAUUCAGGCAGGUGGCGCUCUGGAGCUGCGUUGGCGGAGUGUGUACAGCCGCACGGAGCAUGAGGUUCAGCGCUGCAGCGUCAUCCGGGACAGCUGGGUCAGAUUCCAGACGCAUUUUGCCUCCGUUAGUAAAUGGUUGCUUGACAGCAACAAACAACUGAAGAUUUGCCGCAGUCUUGCUGAGUCGAACCAGGAGAGCGUUUGUAGGGGUCUCCUGCAGCUGCUGGACUUCUCCAGAGAGAUGGAGGCCGCAUCUAUUCACAAAGAAUCGGCGUCCAGAGAAGCUGCUCGGCUGCUUCGUUUGAAGGAAACUGAAUGUCCUCACCUGAGAGCUCGUCUCACAAAGCUGGAGGCCGGCUGGUGCAAGCUCACCGCUGAAGUGACAAAUAUCCAAGACCAGCUGCAACAGAAGCUGCUCCUUGCGUGGCCACCUCUGAAGCUGCUGUCUGACUUGGCGUCCUGGCUCAAGAAGGCGGAGUUCCAGCUGAACCAGCACAGAGAAGAGGACCACAAGGACACAGACGCUGUUCAGAUCACUACGACCCUGCAGCACUACCAGGCAUUAAAGGCAUCUUUGGUCAACGGGCAGCUUCUUUUGGAUUUUCUCUCCCAAACUGGUCCUCGAGCAGUGGAAGUAGAUGUCCAGUCUCUUUGUUCUGAGCGGACAAUGUAUGCCGAGCAACUUGGUGCUCUCAGACAAAAGUGGCUUCACCUGCAAGGGGCGCUGGAGAGCCAGAUUCGUGCAGAUGCUCAAGUCCGUCACACAUUUGCAGCCCGAGAGCAACAGUUGCAGCGUCUUUGUCGCUCGGUCGAACAGCAGAGAAAGCAUCUGAAUCAGUGGAAACAGUCCAAGAGUCAAACGCUGACUAGACAGAUUCUGAAGGAGUCGGAGGUUGUUGUUGGAAGAGUAAAGGAGGUAGCUGCAGCUUUGCAGGGCCUGAAAGCCUCACGUGUUUUUGCUGAAAAGGAGCACCCACGUGAUGUUGCGUUUUGGGAACAGGCUGAGACUGUCAGCCAGGCUUGUGAGGAUCUCAGUCUGCAGAUCCAAACGAUGCAUCCAGCCUUGCAGUUGGAUGAGAAAGAAUGGUCUUGUUUGGACAAAAAUCUGAGGGAGGUUUCUUUGUGCGCCAGUAAGGUGCGCUCUACCCUGCAGCUUCACCAAACACAUCUGUUUUCACUGAAGCAGACAGAAGAUCACAUGAGGUGCAUUCAGCAACUGCAGGAGAUGGUCCAAAAAGGGGAAGAGCAUUGGGAAGAUAUCAACAAAUCAUUUCAGAAUCUUGACGGUAGAACAUCUCUAUUGCUCUGUGAUCGAGUGGAACAAGAGCGAAAGCGGUGGAAGGACGUGUUGGACGAGCUGAAGGACGUAGAGAAGAAGACUUCGCAGACCUUGGCCCUCUGGCAGCAGUACGAUCACACUUCCAAUAAAUGCUCACUUCAGCUGGAACGCCUGCAGCAUCAGUUCUCCUCCUUGUUACCUCGACGGGGACCGCAGGUCACCGUCCUCUCAGUGGAGAAAUUGCAGAAUUCUGCAACAGAACUACAAAGCGGUGUGGAAGAAGUUCUGGCCUUGUCAAAAAUUCUCGUUGGAUGUCUCCAACCACUGGCUGCGAAUUCGGUCCAAUCGGCGAGCAGGCUGCUGUCGCUUGAGGUCUUCCUCUUGAACCAGGCGAUGGUCGACGCAAAGAAAAAUCUUCAGGAAAAUGUGGACAACCACAAACGCUUUCACAUGCAGCUGGCAGCUCUCGAACAGCAGACAAUACUGCACGGAGAAGACUCUUGCAUAAAUGACAAAGACGUAGUGAAGCAGGAACUCUUGAAACUUGUUGAACUGCUUCCAUCACUGGUUAAUGUCAGCGAGAUGAGCGACUAUGUGAGCCUCAGCAAACAGGAGACAGAGACACUCCAAAUGCUCAGCAACCAAUGGACCAAAAAUGUAACUCGCGUAUCUUUUGUACACAGAACUCUGCAACGUGGUCGCCAGCAGUCCCAAGACUUUCACCAGAAGUGUAAGGAGCUGACGUCUAUCCUGGAGGUGCUGGAGUCAGAACCUCAGAGUGGCUUCAACCUCCAGGAGAUGAUCGCUGUCCACCAGAGGCGUCAGAUUGAAAUGAUUACUGGACAAGAACUUCUCCAAAGUCUUCUCCGCGAUGCAGUGAAGUCCAUGGAAAUGCCAACAGGGGAGAAAAAAUCUGAGCUGAUGACACAAGUGGUCCAUCUGAGAGGGAGGUGGUUCAGGUCUGUGUCGCUGGCUAGCCAGCACUGGGCUGCAACGAGAGAACAGAUCUACCAAUGGAGGAUCUAUAAACGUGGCAAGAAGCUUCUGUGGAAGACACUGAGUGCUGUUGACAACCUGCUGUCCCCCGUUCACCCUUUACUCGUCACAUUACCACAGCUUCAGGGCCUUGCAGAUGGAUGCCAGUGUGUUGAAGAAGCUGUGGAGCUCCUCCAGUCCAAGUUCACAGAAACUAUGGAGGCUGGCAGAUGUUUGUGUGAGACCACGUCGGAAUCGGAUCGUCUGAAGUCUGAGAUGCAGACCACAGAAAAGGCCUGGAAACGCACCAACUCACUGCUAGAGAAGAGGAGAGUACUGGUUGGCGCUACUGUUCAGGACUGGCGCCAGUGUCAGGACGGCAUAAGCAGCAUCAUGUCUGAGCUGGAGGAGCUGAGAGGCCAGUUGAACAGGCAGCUGGUUGCAAAGAUGGACAAGUCUGAGGAAGAGGAGCUCAUUCAGAAGACGGACCUCUCUUUGCGCCAUCUCGCCGGUGGAUUAAAGGACCUGGCCUCAAUGAAGACCGACCUGUCCCAGUACGUGGCUGCGGGCGACUCCGCUGUGCUGGAGCAGCAGCUGGAGCAACUCCACAUCCAGUGGGAAGAGUUGUGCACCAAGGUGUCCUCACGCAGACAGGAAGUUGCAGACCGCCUCAACGCCUGGACUAUUUUUAAUGACAAAAACAAGGAGUUCUGUGAUUGGCUCACCCAGAUGGAGAAGAAGGUGUGCCACAGUGCAGAGCUCAGCAUUGAGGAAAUGGUAGAGAAACUCAAAAAGGAUUGCAUGGAGGAAAUCAAUUUGUUCAGUGAGAAUAAAAGCCACCUGAAGCAGCUGGGGGAGCAGCUGCUUCUAGCCAGCGACGAGGCCAAGCAGACCCAAGUGUGCGGCUCUCUGGAGGAAGUGAACCAGCGAUGGCACAACCUCUUCCAUCACAUUGAAGCCAGGGUGAGGAAGUUGAAGGACACUUUGGUGACCGUGCAGAAGUUGGACAAAAACAUGAGUAACCUCCGAUCCUGGCUUUGCCGCGUUGAGGCCGAGCUCUCCAGGCCCAUCACAUACAGUGUGUGUCACCAUCAGGAGAUCCAAAGGAGACUGGCUGAGCAGCAGGAGCUGCAGCGGGACAUCGAACAGCACACGGAGGGCGUGGCAUCGGUGCUGAGCCUGUGCGACGUUUUGCUGGGGGACGAAGAUGCCGCCGGCGCCACCGAGGCGGAAAGCGACUCGCUGCAGGAGACCAGUCGCAGCCUGGACCAGCGCUGGGGGACCAUCUGUGCCAUGGCUCUGGAGAGGAGGCUCAGAAUUGAGGAAACAUGGAGGCUAUGGUGCAAGUUCCUGGAAGACUAUUCGCGGUUCGAGGUUUGGCUCAAGAUGGCCGAGUACACUGCUGCCAACCCCAACUCGGGAGAUGUUCUUUAUUCCGUUGCGAAGGAGGAGCUUAAGAAGUUUGAGAGUUUUCAAAGACAGGUCCACGAGCGGCUGACCCAGUUAGAACUGGUCAACAACCAGUACCGCCGCCUGGCCAGGGAGAACCGUACCGACCGCGCCAGCCAGCUCAAAGCUAUGGUCCAUGAGGGCAACAGACGCUGGGACACCCUGCACCGCCGUGUGACUGCCAUCCUCCGCAGGCUCAGGCAUUUCACCAACCAGAGGGAAGAAUUUGAAAGCACCAGGGAGAGCAUGCUGGUGUGGCUUACAGAACUGGACUUGCAGCUGACCAAUGUGGAACACUUCUCCGAGAGCGAUGUCCAUCACAAGAUACAACAGCUUAGCAGUUUCCAGAAGGAGAUCACCAUCAACACAGAGCGCAUAGACGGGCUGAUAGUGUUUGGAGAAAGUCUGAUCCAGAGGAGCUCACCCCCGGACGCUGCGCUGAUAGAAGACGAGCUGGAGGAGCUUCACUCUUACUGCCAGGAGGUUUUCAGCCGGCUGGUCCGCUUCCAUCAGCGUCUCAGCCAACCUCCAAUCCUCACAGAACCAGAGCUCCCUGGCACGAGCUUUUCUUUGGAGUCCAGCUUGGAGCUGAUUUGUCGGCCCUUGCUCGGGCGCAGCCAAGGGAGCCUCCCGAACACGCCCUCGCACCUGCUGGCCUCGCCCCUGGAGCAUUCUGGGCGGGAGACACCAGUUAGCGUGGACUCGCUACCCUUAGAAUGGGACCACACCGGGGAUGUCGGAGGGUCGUCGUCCCAUGAGGACGAGGAGGAGGAAGAGGGACGGGAAGAAGAUGGAAUUUACUUCAGUGCAUUGUCAGUAUCGAGCCGGUCAAUGUCUGCCUAUGAGAGUCCCAGAUGGCAGUCACCAGGAGGCGACAUGGACGCAUGUGACGUUGUGGCGUUACCCACCCUCACCAGCACCCCUCGAAAGCAGGGUUAUUUGCAUCAGUUGUCCCAAUGCAGUGACAACAUUGAGGACGUUAAACAAGUUUCUCUGAUCCUGGCUGACGAGGAGCAGCCUGAGAUUGGUCUGAUCAGCUUGGCCGCCUCAGGCAAACAAACAGACGUGAUUGAACGCUGGGAGCUGCUCCACGCUCAGUCUAUGAACGAGCAACGCGAUGGCCUGCCGGAGUCCCAAAAUGUCACGUCCAACCUCGACGACGUCGUUUCCUGGUUGGACAACAUCCAUCCGGAACUGGACCGCCUCCUGCAGUCGCGCCCGAGCAACAAGAUGGCUGACAUGGCGGCUAGAGCUAAAGAGCUGAAGGAGUUGCAGAAGAUGUUUUCUCGCUACAAGCCCGUCAUGUUGUCCGUCAACCUGCGGGCUCUGGAAGUCCCCGAGCAGCAGGAGAGCCUCGCCGGUUUGAACCGAGCUUGGAGUCGAGCUUCUACGGUUCUUCAGCGGUGGGACGCCAGUCUGAGAAAGACUCUGAUGCGGUGCCAGGAGUUCCACAAGAGCCUCCACUCUCUGCUGCUGUGGUUGGCCAUCGCCGACAAGAAACGCUACGCGGUGGACAUCCGCCACCCAGAAACACCUGUGCAGGCUCUCAGACUGCACCACAACACGCUCACUGUGUUGCAGGAGGAGCUGCUGGAGAGGCAGACCCAGCAGGCGUCCCUGCAGGCUCUGUGGUCUCAGCUGCAGCCGGACCAAGGAGCGGACGGCAGCGACGAGGCCCGGGAGAAGCUUCACGUGACGGCCGCCAAACUCAAGCUGCUCCUGAGGGACGUGUCUGAGGACCUGAGCGUCCUUCAACAACGCCGCCUGGAUCCACGUAAUCAAGAGGAGUUGACGCAAACCAAAAAAUCCACCAAAAGGAGGAAGUGGUCGCCGCCGCGCUCCUUCCUGUACCGCGUGCUGAGGGCCGCCGCCCCCUUCCACCUGCUGCUGCUGCUCCUGCUGCUGCUGCCAUGUAUGCUCCCUCGCUCGGAGGGAGAGUCCAGCUGCGCCGACGCCAACAACUUGGCGCGCUCCUUCCACCCCAUGUUGCACUACACCAACGGCCCGCCGCCCACCUGAGGCCACCUGCCACUUCCUGUCCCAUGGAGGGGAACUCCUCACCAAGUGGGUUUGUGUAUUUUUCAUACGGACAAAAGUAUUGGGUCACCACGGUGUGGGGUUAAAUCCAUUUUACACACUUUUGUACUACAGCGCCAUUUUUUAAAUGGACCAAAAAUUUCCGUAGAAUUGUUGCAAAAGUCUUCUUCAUCACUUUGAUGGACUUGCUUCAUGCCAGCGUUUUUAACAUUUGUCUUUGUCAGACAACUAGACUUGAAAAGUAACAAAGUGAAUCAUUUCACCUGUAAAAUGUUGCUGAUCGUCACCUUCAAACUUCACUGGGUGUGAUUGCAUAAUAGCUCACUGACUUGUGUACGUUCAUGUUGAUGUAGAACAUGUCGUGUACACAAUGUUGUUGAUGUCGUGUACACAAUAUUGUUGAUGUCGUGUACACAAUAUUGUUGAUGUCGUGUACACAAUAUUGUUGAUGUCAUGUACACAAUAUUGUUGAUGUCGUGUACACAAUAUUGUUGAUGUUGUGUACACAAUAUUGUUGAUGUCGUGUACACAAUAUUGUUGAUGUCAUGUACACAAUAUUGUUGAUGUCGUGUACACAAUAUUGUUGAUGUUGUGUACACAAUAUUGUUGAUGUCAUGUACACAAUAUUGUUGAUGUCGUGUACACAAUAUUGUUGAUGUCGUGUACACAAUAUUGUUGAUGUCGUGUACACAAUAUUGUUGAUGUCGUGUACACAAUAUUGUUGAUGUCGUGUACACAAUAUUGUUGAUGUCAUGUACACAAUAUUGUUGAUGUCGUGUACACAAUAGCAGUAUUUAUAACAAGCACUCACACUUUUCUCUCAAGUCAACUCACACAGUAAGAACAAAACAGGGAUGCUAACAUAUCGCUUAAUCCAUUAGCGAGGUCACUUUGUUUUUUUGCAGCAGCUUGCUCUUGUCAUAUAGAGGAUCUUUGACUGGUGUUUUUACAGUAAGUGAAUGCCUUUAAACAACAGAGCACUCCUGUCAUAUUAAGGAUAUUGUCUGUUUUUAAGGACAUACUGGAAAAACACAGUGAGCCUGUCAUAUAGAGCAGUGGUCCCCAACCACCGGGCCGCGGUAUAACAAGAGCACGCUGCUGUUUAAAAGGAGUUACUGCAAAAACACUAUUCAAAGAUCCUCUAAAUAACAGGAUCACUCUGUAUUUAAAAAAAUAAUGAUCUUUGAUUAGUGUUUUUCCAGUAUGUCCUUAAAAACAGCAAAGAUCCUUAAUAUGACAGGAGUGCUCUGCUGUUUAAAGGCAUUCAGGUACUGCAAAAACACCAAUCAAAGAUCUUCUAAAUGGCAGGAUCACUGUCUUUAAAAAACAAGAGCUCUCCUGUCAUAAGGAUCUUUGAUUAGUGUUUUUUCCAGUAUGUCCUUAAAAACAGCAAAGAUCCUUAAUAUGACAGGAGUGCUCUGCUGUUUGGUGUUUUUUUUUUUGUUGCAGUACCUGAAUGUCCUCAAUCAAAGAUCCUCUAUUUGACAGGAGGACUCAGCUGUUUUUAAGGAUGUGGUGGAUAACGCAACCAUCAAAGAUCCUUAAUAUGACAGGAGCACUCUGUUUUUAAAGACGUACUGCACAAACACAAGUCAAAGAAAAAAAAAAUCCUUCCUCCCCCCACCCCCCCUCCUCCCCGUUCCGUGGGACACAUUUUCAAGCAGUUACAAAAAGGUUGGGGACCACUGAUAUAGAGGAUCUUUGAUUAGUGUUCUUGCAGCACAUCUGAACAUUCUCAUACAGCACUUUUCAGGAUCUUUGCUAUUUUCUGAGGAUGUUGCGAAAAAAGUGAGUCAAAGUGAACCUGUUAAAUAGAGGAUCUUUCAUUAGUGUUUUUGGUCCUUAAAAACCACGUAGCACUCCUGUCAUUUUAGGGAUCUUUGCUGUUUUUAAGUACAUACUAUAAACUGUUAUAUAGAGGAUCUUUGAGAAGUGUUUUUGCAGUACGUCUUUAAAAACAGUUGAGUCCUCACACUGGGAAAUAAAACACUAAUCAAAGAUCCUUAAUAUGACAGGAGCGCUCUUGUUUUUUAAAGACAAAGUGAUCCUGCCAUUUAGAAGAUCUUUGACUGGUGUUUUUGAAUGCCUUUGCUGUUUUUAAGGACAUACUAGAAACACACUUAUAGUCCUCCUGUCAAAUUAGAGGAUCUUUGGUUAGUGUUUUUGCAGUACCUGAAUGCCCUUAAACUGCAGAGCACUCCUGUCAUAUUAAGGAUAUUUUUUGUUUUUAAGGACAUACUGUAAAAACAGGGAUCCUGUCGUAUAGAGGAUCUUUGAUUAGUGUAGGGCUGCAACUAACGAUUAAUUUGAUAAUCGAUUAAUCUGUCGAUUAUUACUUCGAUUAAUCGAUUGAUAAUCGGGUAAAAGAGACAAACUACAUUUCUAUCCUUUCCAGUAUUUUAUUUAAAAAAACAGCAUACUGGCACCAGACUUAUUUUGAUUAUUGUUUCUCAGCUGUUUGUACAUGUUGCAGUUUAUAAAUAAAGGUUUAUUUAAAAAUAAAAAAAUAAAACGUUUUUUUUUUUUUUAAAAGCUUCUGCGAAUGCGCAUAGCUUAGAUCCAACGAAUUGAUGACUAAAUUAAUCGGCAACUAUUUUUAUAAUCGAUUUUAAUCGAUUAGUUGUUGCAGCCCUAGAUUAGUGUUUUUGUCAGUACGUCCUUAAAAACCACAGAGCACGCCUGUCAUUUUAGGGAUCUUUGCUGUUUUUAAGUACAUACUAUAAACUGUUAUAUAGAGGAUCUUUGAGAAGUGUUUUUGCAGUAUGUCUUUAAAAACAGUUGAGUCCUCAUACUGGAAAAAAAGAUCCUUAAUAUGACAGAAGCGCUCUUGUUUUUUAAAGACAGAGUGAUCCUGCCAUUUAGAAGAUCUUUGACUGGUGUUUUUUGAAUGCCUUUGCUGUUUUUAAGGACAUACUGGAAACACACUUAUAGUGAUCCUGUUAUAUAAAGGAUCUUUGAUUAGUGUUUUUGCAGUACGUCCUUAAAAACAGCUGAGUCCUCCUGUCAAAUUAGAGUAUCUUUGAUUAGUGUUUUUGCAAUACCUGAAUGCCCUUAAACAGCAGAGCACUCUUGUCAUAUUAAGGCUCUUUGCUGUUUUUACGAACAUACUGGAAACACUAAUAGUGAUCCUGUUAUGUAGAGGAUCUUUGAUUAGUGUUUUUGCAGUAUGUCCUUAAAAAGAAGAGAGAUCCUGUCAUAUUAAGGAUCUCUGAUUAGUGUUUUUUUCACUGUCUUUUGAAACAGCAGAGUGCUCCUGUCAUAUAGAUAGUCUUAUUAGUGUUUAUGCAGUAAGUCCUUAAAAAACCUCAUAUUAAGGAUAUUUGAUUAGUGUUUUUCCACUACAUCCUUAAAAACCGCUGAGUCCUCAUGUCAAAUAGUAGAUCUUUGGUGUUUUUUGCAGUACCUGAACCUCCUUAAACAGCAGAGCACUCCAGUAAUAUUAAGGAUAUUUGCUGUUUUUAAAGAUGUAGUGAAAAAACACCAAUCAAAGAUCCUUAAUACGGCAGGAGCGUUCUUGGUUUUUUUAACGACAAGAGGACAACCAGAGGAUCUAUGAUUAGUGUUUUCACAGUACGUCCUUACUGUACGUCUUGUCAUUUUUAAGGAUCUUUGAUUAGUGUUGUUUUUUUCACUACAACCUUUGAAACGGCAGAGCACUCCUGUCAUAGAGGAUUUGUGUUUUUGCCAUAUUUCCUUAGAGCAGUCUUGUCAUAAGGAUCUUUGAUUAGGGUUUGUCCACUACGUCUUUAAAAACAGCAGUGAUCCUUGUAUAUAGAGGAUCUUUGGUGUUUAGCGGUACCUGAGUGUCCCCAAGCAGCAGAGCACUCCUGUCCUUGAGGAUCUUUGCUGUUUUUUUGAAAGACGUAGUGGAAAAAAACUAGUCACAGUAAUCCUGUCAUAUAGAAGAUCUUUGAUUA